CCUCCACGUUUUUCCUCCCUAAUUUCUCGGGAUCCUCUGCUCCAUUUCGCCCUUUCCCCUAUUCGAUUUGGAAACAUUUGAAGCCCUAGAGCGGAGGAGAGAUCUAAUCGCUCUCGAUCUCUUCUUUCCCCUUCGUGUUCACGACGAAACCCUAUCCUUCGUCUGCGAUUCGCCGCGAUGAAUCCGGAAUAUGAUUAUCUCUUUAAGCUUUUGCUUAUUGGAGAUUCGGGUGUUGGCAAAUCGUGUCUCCUCCUAAGAUUUGCGGACGACUCGUACUUGGAGAGCUACAUCAGCACCAUUGGAGUUGAUUUUAAAAUACGCACGGUGGAGCAGGAUGGAAAGACAAUCAAGCUUCAGAUCUGGGACACUGCAGGCCAGGAACGUUUCAGGACAAUCACUAGCAGUUACUAUAGAGGUGCUCAUGGUAUUAUUGUGGUAUAUGAUGUGACGGAUCAGGAAAGUUUCAAUAAUGUGAAACAGUGGCUAAACGAGAUUGACCGUUAUGCCAGUGAGAAUGUCAACAAGCUUCUUGUCGGCAACAAGUGUGACCUUACCGAAAACAAAGUCGUCUCUUAUGAAACAGCUAAGGCAUUUGCUGAUGAACUCGGAAUCCCAUUCAUGGAGACUAGCGCAAAGAAUGCCACUAACGUGGAACAGGCUUUCAUGGCUAUGACUGCUGCAAUCAAGAACAGAAUGGCGAGCCAGCCGGCUGCAAGCAACGCGAGGCCACCGACCGUGCAGAUCCGCGGACAACCUGUCAAUCAGAAGACCUCCUGCUGCUCUUCCUAAGCUUUCGUAAUUGGAUAUCGUGGCAUGUAAACUUGAUGACUACUGCUUCCUAUUUAUGAACGACAUAUACUAUUGUUAUGCUGUACUUUAUUUAGGUAUUAUCUGACAUUAAUCAAUUCUUUCUAAUAUUUGUUGUUAAGCCUCAAUCGAACAGGGAUUUGGGAAGUCAGUAUCUGUUCCUAUAUAUUGAUAUGAAACUGCAAAUCUUCUGAUUA